UCUACGUCAGUGAGGAUCAUAGAGAGAGAACAGGAAGUGCAGCCGGCUCUUCAGAUCCAUAUACGGGUUUGGUACAAUCUGUGCCGCGGACAAAACUCUGGAAAAUGAACAAGACUCUGUUCACUUUACUGCUCAUUGUCCCACUUGUCUCUGGUGGAUCUCAUCCCACAUGUUCGAGUCUCUCAUUAACGGUGGAAGAAGGUGAAGACGUGAGUCUUUGGUGUGGACUUGUUCCCUUGGUCAACUUGAUGAAUUACACAGUGGAAGUUACAAGAACUGACAUCAGCCAGUAUGUCCUCCUGUAUCGAGACAGAAGAGUCCUCCUCAACGCCCAGAUGAAGCAGUACAGACACAGAACCACACUGGACCACAAAGGCCUGAUCAUGGGAAACAUCUCAGUGCAGAUCUCCUCUGUGAAGAUGUCUGACAGAGGAGAUUACACAUGUUUGAUCCCCAAACUGAAACCCAGGUGCAUCAUCACCCUGCAUGUUGUGGAACACAGGAACCACGUCAGUGCUGCGCCUCAUCUGGAGAACAACUCCACAUCCAACCAGCCGGGGAAAGGUGCUGUUCCAGCCAUUGCUGCUGUGGUCCUCUGUGUUCUUCUUUCUCUUGGUGCUCUCCUGUGUGUGGACUUCCUCAGACUGAGAAGUGGAAGAAACAGUCUCACAGGGAAUUGUGUGAUGAGAUGCAGAGGACAAAAGCACCAAGAUCCCUUCAAUGGUUACCGUGCUGCGACCGGAUCGGGUCCAGUCUACAUCCAGGAGAUGGUCCAAACGGAUGAAAUGAGAGGAACAGGCCCCUGUGAGAUGCGAGCACAGACUUCCCCUCACUUGGAGCAUUAAAGAGAGAUUAUUGAACUGAAUGAAGUUGAUGAUGAAAUGAAACGACUUCUAUAACAAAUGUUCACUGCUGUUGACACUUUAAAAGUAUGUAUUAGAUAUACGUGAUGAAGGGUCUGCUUAA